AUGUCAGCUCAAGCAUCAGGCGGUGCAGGCGGUGAUGAUAAGAAGCUUGAUAAAGCUUCAAGAGUACGGCGGCUAUGGGGGUUUGACCAGGGCUGGAGCAACCAGAUCCCUGGUCAUUUCGGUCAGGGUUACGGCAGCUUUCCAACCCCAUCAAUGGGACAAGGUACUGUCGGCUCCUUCGGCAACGUUAGUCUUCCCACCAGCAGCUACGGCGGCCACAAGCAAGGCACCGCUAAGUGGCACGAGAUGCAAAAGCAGAUCCGUGGGCCUAGGGACAACCGAAAGCCACGAUGCAAAGAACAUUCCAAGGACAAGAAAGAGGAGAAGGGUCCUCUAGCAGUCAAGGAUGCUAGUAUCGAAAAGCCGAUCUCAAAGAGUGCGAGGCAACGGGCCAACAAGCGGGCCAGCCAAAAGAAGAAGGAAGAAGAAAAGAAAAAAGAGGAAGAGGAGCCUGCACAAGACCCAUUGACGGGCCCCGCCGAUCUCGAACUCGUCAGCCUUUGGGAUGAGUCUAGGUUCGAGAAUGCGGGAAACGUCGAGAAUGCGGAGACUGUCGAAGCAGCUCCUCUUACCGACGAAAGGAUGGAAAGUGUAGCUCCCUCACCGGAGGAUAUUGUGAUCGAAGUUGGCAAUAUCGACGCGCAGAGCUUAAUCGAUGAAGUGUUUGAAACGCCUUCGGGGUUUCAAUUCCCUCAAGAUCAGACUCGCGUGGGAAUUAUGGCUGGCUUGUUAGAACAAUUCGGUCAGGAGCGCAUGCUGGAUCUCUCCGAGUCUGCUGCGAUGAACGGCACCACCAUUGUUUGGGAAGCAUUCCAGCAAGAUUUAUUUAAAGAGCAAAUCGCUGUUGUCGUAGCCGGGAUGCCUCUUUCGAACUCUGGUAUCAACAAGAGUUCUUAG